UGAGUGAGCAGUGUGAUGGGUUGUCUGUGUUCGAGUGCCUACAACCCCCCAAACAAGGGUUUCAUGACGAAAAGAAGCUGAUGUGGCUCAAGGUUCAGGAGCUUUGGAGGACACAGCACGUGGUACAAUGUCUAAAGGAAAGGAACAAAAGCGCACACGGGACCUUGAUCGACAGAUAUCACAGCCAAUGAGAACGCUAAAGCGUAUGAACUUCGUCAGUAAGCCAGCCGAGGAAGUGACGUCAAGAGACAGGCGGCGCCUGGCCGAAUAAACUCCGAGGGGAACGAAGAACACUGCUCCUUCGCUUGCUCGACGAACAGGAAGCGAAUAUGUCGGAACGAAAAGUUCUAAACAAAUACUACCCACCUGACUUCGACCCGUCAAAGAUCCCGAAACUCAAGCUACCCAAGGACCGGCAGUAUGUGGUUCGACUGAUGGCCCCCUUCAACAUGAGGUGUAAGACAUGUGGAGAAUACAUCUACAAGGGGAAGAAGUUCAAUGCACGCAAGGAAACAGUCCAGAAUGAGGCCUACCUGGGCCUGCCUAUCUUCCGCUUCUAUAUCAAGUGCACGCGCUGCUUGGCCGAGAUCACCUUCAAGACAGACCCCGAGAACACGGACUACACCAUGGAGCAUGGAGCCACACGCAACUUCCAGGCCGAGAAGCUCCUGGAGGAGGAGGAAAAGCGUGUGCAGAAGGAGCGCGAGGAUGAGGAACUGAACAACCCCAUGAAGGUCCUAGAGAACCGCACGAAAGACUCGAAGCUGGAGAUGGAGGUGCUGGAAAACCUGCAGGAGCUGAAGGACCUGAACCAGCGGCAGGCACACGUGGACUUUGAGGCCAUGCUGCUGCAGCACCGCCUGUCGCAGGAACAGUGGCGACAGCAGCAGGAGGAGGAAGAUGAGCGUGAGACUGCGGCCUUGCUGGAGGAGGCUCGCCACCGCAGGCUUCUGGAGGAUUCUGACUCAGAAGAUGAAGCUCCGCCUUCCCGACCACGCUCAGCAGCAAAACCUAAUCCCACAGCCAUCCUGGAUGAGACUCGCUCUGGUUCUGUUUUGUUUUUCUUUGAAGCAGGGUCACACUCCACAGCCCAUCCUGACCUCAAAUCCACAGUCCUGCUUCAGCCACCAUGGGCUAGGGUGACAGGCCUGCCUGCACGUGGUCCCUCACGUCCUCACACCCCCAGAGCCCUGUCGUGUCAGCACAUGGGGAGACCAAGACCAGCUUGGACUGCAGGUACCAAAGGCCAAGAGGAAGGCAGAGUCAGUGGGCAGCAGGGCACAACUUGCCGGAUUAGUGGUGCCAAAGAAGGUGAAAGUGGAAGCCAAUGGGGGCUCAGAGCAGGUCCAGAUGUCUGCCGUGGGUGCCCCCGAGAGCAGGAAGACAGCCAGCCUUGCACCCCAGACACCUGGGGCCUCCUCCCUGAGCCAGCUGGGUGCAUAUGGGGACAGCGAGGACAGUGACAGCUGAGCCCCUACAGUGACAUCACAGACCCAAGAAACCAGAGGAGAUGGGAUCAAGGAAGGCACCCUCAGCAAGUUCCUUGUGACUGUGUCUGCGGUGGAUCCCAGCAGGGUGUGGAGAGGCAAUGUCCCUUAGUACCAGGUGUCCCAGGACAGACAACCUGGUCCACUCUGUCAAUCCUUGAGUUAUAGGGAACCUGUUUGCCCCAUCCCUCCCUGCCACAGAUCUGAACACUAUCUGACAGGGGACAGGUGGCAGAGUCCCUGAGGACUGCCUCCCAACAAGGCCUGGGACUCUACCUGCAACACAAUAAUACUGUGUGAUAAAGAAGGAAAUCAAUUGACAGCCAUGUGGACCAGCGAGAGACCCUGCCCGACUGUCCAACCAGAGCUAACACUCACCUGAGAUUUCAGCCACAGCCAGUCUGGGCCUGGACCACAGCCUGUGUCCGUCAUUCAGAAUUUGGCAAUACAUGAGUCUGUGUUUUGGUUCUGUAGGAAAACUGCUGAGCCUGAGUCUGUCAUUUAGAACACAGUGAGCCUGGGUGGGGUGACAGUGGAGAGACAGGCAUGUGUAGCCCAGGCUUGUCUUCACCUCACCAGGCUGGGAUGAGAGAUGUGAACCAAGUUGAUCUUAAGCCUGAAA